CUCCAUAUAAGAAAAUAAAAAAACAUCGUCUGUCUACUCCCUCACUUCUCUGCUACACACACGAACUCCAUCCCUUUAAAAAAAAAUAUUAGUAUUUCUGAUUUGGGCCAUUUUCGAUUUUCUUUUUUUAUAAAAAGAUUAGAGGAUUCACAGCUCUUGGCUCGAUCGGUUUCCCGAAUCUGAUCACAACCCUGCUCCCAAGUCCAGCUCUUUUUUUAGCUUUCCAACGAGGAUGGAGUUUGAUUCUUCAUGUAAGCUCUUCAUCGGUGGGAUCUCUUGGGAAACCACUGAGGAUCGCCUCCGUCACUAUUUUCAGACCUUUGGUGAGGUUUUGGAGGCGGUUGUCAUCAAGGAUCGUCUCACUGGUCGUGCCCGUGGCUUUGGUUUCGUCGUCUUUAAAGACUCCAAUGUCGCUCACACUGUCCUUCUCCACAAACACAUGAUUGAUGGUAAAUCUGUGGAGGCGAAGAAGGCAGUUCCAAGAGAUGAUCACAUCUCACUGAACAAAAGUAACAGUAGCCUCCAGGGGUCCCCUGGUCCAUCACACUCUAGAAAGAUAUUUGUGGGAGGCUUGGCAUCAUCAGUGACGGAGCCUGAGUUCAACAAGUACUUUUCUCAGUUUGGGACUAUCAUUGAUCUCGUGGUGAUGUACGACAAUAAAACUCAGCGCCCCAGAGGCUUUGGCUUCGUUACAUACGACUCGGAAGAGGCUGUUGACAAAGUUCUGCAGAGGAAGUUCCAUGAACUCGGUGGUAAGAUGGUUGAGGUCAAAGUGGCCGUCCCCAAGGAAACGUCUCCCAUCCCAAACCGGAACGUUAACAGCUUAAAUAGCUUUGUUGGAAGUAGCAGGAUGAGUUUGUUGCUCAACGAUUACACACAAGGGUUUAACCUGAGUCCAACCUCAUCCCACGGAGCAAGACCUGAUGUUAGGUACAGUCCAGCUGGCAGCUUCUCUCCCUUUGGCCAUGGGUUCGAGAUUGAUCUGAAUUUUAUUGAAGGGAACCAUAAGCAGAGUUAUGUUAGUAGACCCAGUGGAGGCUUUGGAAGGCCGUUUAGCCCUGGAUAUAAUGCAAGUCUUAGCAGGUACGGUGGCCAAGGGAAUGGUUCUGUUAACGGUAAUCAACUGUGGGGGAAUAAUGGUGGUUUGAGUUACAUGUCAAACGCUGAGUUAAGUGGAGGGUUCAAUGGGAACUAUGGAGUAGGAAGCAUAGGAGAGAAGUGGGGAACAGUUGGUGAAGGGCGUAUUAAUUUUGGUAGAAGCAAUGUAAUGGGCAUAGGAUCUAGAGGAGGAGGAGUUCAUAUGAGCGGCUCAGGUUGGGGAAUGUCCAGUGAAGGCGGGAUGCGCGGUUUUGGAUACAUGAACAACACAGAGGAGUUGCUGCUAGCUUAGAGACUUGAUAUAUCUACACUUAGGGAGAUGAGAUGAUUUUUGGAGUGAGUUUUUAGAGAGGAACUUUAUUAGAGUCCCAUAAACUUUCAAAUUUUGAGUUUCUUUGCUUUUUUUUUGUUUUAGUUUGAAUUUUGUUUUUUUGAUCCUUGUUUUGUUUUGCUGUAAAAUGACAGAUACAAAUGGCCUUAAACAAGAAAUAGAGACUUUCAUA